AUGCAGUUUUUGGCUGCCUUUCAUGCUUAUAAAUAAAAACAGAUUAAGGUGAAAGUAAGACUCAAUGUCUAAGUUGCUUAAAUGGUUUUUUCCUUCUAUAAGGCUAAAACAAAAAUUAGAACUUCAAUCUCUGCACUCCUAACUGCUAGAGUACUCACAGUUCCUUCAUAAAUGGAUAGAGUGAAUCUGAUUGUAUAUGUAAAAUCAUUUUAAGGAUAUUUUCAUUUAGCUUGUGGAGACAAUUGUUAAGCUUGCAAUUAAAACAUCGGUUGUGAGAUUUGUCCUGGAGAGGUUUAAGAAAAAGGUUGGAAUGUUGAACUGGAUAUGAGUGUAAUAAAUGCUCCACAGAUGAUUCAACAUAAUGUAGGUAAUAUUUAGUUUAUUAUUCAUGAAUACUUGUAGGAAAAUUAAAGCAAUGUUUGUCUUGAUGCAGUGACUGAAUAAGAUUGUAAAACAUGUAUUUAUGGUUUCAGUCUAUUUACUAAUGCUGAUGGAAACAAGUAAUGUUUACAAUGUGAAACCAUCGCAAGCAACUCAUAAGACUUUGAUGAUUCUUUUCCUAUAAGAUGCAAUUUUUCUGUUGAUAUCUAGACAGGCUUACCCAAAUAGGAUUAAAUUACUGCUUGCUCAGAUGGAUUUUUUGAUUCUCUAGAAAAUAAGUGCACCGAAAAUUGUGGCAUAGGGAGAUAUGGCUAAGCCAUCUAUAAUGACAGAGGUAUGAUUGAGACUUCAGUCUGUAAUACUUGUGAUGAUAAUUGCUUUGAGUGUGCUUCUUAAUCCUAAUGCAUUUCUUGCAAAAAGGGAUAUUAUUUAAAAACUGAAACAAAUUAGGUAACAACAGGCUAAUGUGCAAAAAAAUCAGGAAAUGGUGAAAUAACCCUUUAUGUGGACAGUAGCUAUUUUUUAAAAACAACUGAGGAGACUACUGGUAUGACUCUUGAUGAUCCAUUUUAUUCACUUCAAAGUGCAAUAAUUAAAGCUAAUGAAUUAGGAGCUGCUUACGAUAGCGCUAUAGUAAAUAUAUUGCUAGUAUCUUAAAAAGUUCAUUCAAUGCUAAGGUACGAUGAAAAUAUAAUUUUACCAAAGGCAUAUGACUAGAAUUCAUAAUCUACUGUAAUCAAAAUAGAUUCUAUUGACGGUACUCAAGUAAAAGUUCUUUAUAAGCUCAGGGAUAAAUAUAAUUUCUUAGUUGGAGGAGGGUUAGAGAUAAGAAAUAUAGCAUUUGAUGCAACUGAUUCAAUUUUGGAUUCUAGAUUUACAAGUUUAAAUAUCUCUCAUAUUAAUUCAGAUGAAUACCAAUGCUUGAAAGAUCCAUAAAAAUUAAAUGAUUUUGGAGGACAUAUGACUAUGAUUAAUACUAGUUUCAUCAAUAUUAAUUCUUGUGGAAGUGUUAUUAGAAACAAAAGAAUAGAUCAAAUUUACGACUAACUUGAGAAGAGUUUCCUGACCUCUAAAUUAUUGAAAUCGUUCUAAUUAGUAAGAAGUAAACUACCGAACUAGGAUAUUUUCUCAAAUAUAUGUGAUCAAACUACUAUUAAACCAUGCUUUAGUUUAAACAUAUCAGGAGGUACAAUUAAAGACUUUGGUAGAAUGACAGAAUUUUCUCAAACUCCGAUAUGGGUUAAUCCAAAAUUAAAAAUGAAAAAUGUAGGGUUAUUUUUAGAUUUGGAAAAUUUUUCGGGACCUAUUUAAAUUGAAAAUGUUGAUUUUAUAAACAACCUUUGUAUAAAUCUUGACUAUGGCCAAGCAAAGAAAAUCCUUUAGAAUUAUAAACAAGACAUAGAUUAAUACUAAAAUUAUGGAGAUAAUUCUGCUAUUCAAGUCAAAUCAUUGAUAUCAAUAGUCAGCCAUGGAGAUUAUAAGGUUCAUAUAAAAAAUAAUAAAUUCUUCUAAAAUACAGGUACAAAAGGAGUUUUAUAUCUUGACAUGAAUGAUAGAAGUGAGGAGAAUAAAUUAUUGAUUGAGUCAAACGAAUUUUACAAUAACUUUGGAAUGAUUUAAAGCAAUGCUCUAUUUAUACGAUCAAGAGGUAAAUAAGACUAAGAAGUCUACAAUUAAUUACUUAAUACCUAACAAGAUUAUUGCUUAGGUUAUGAAAUAAGGAAUAAUACAUUCAGUAAAAACUUUGGAUUCUAGGGGAUUUCUGAGGAUCUAGAGUUUGAAAACUAUAGUUUGACUUUAGAUGGUAAUACCUAUAUUGACAAUUCUGCAUCAAAAUAAAGCGAACCAGAAUCAAGCUCUUAUAGAGCUUAGGCCAUUUAUCUUAGAGAUGUAGUAGGUGUUAUGAUAAUCAAUCAAAUAUCUUUUUAAGGAAUGAGAGGUCCAAUUCAAUGGCUUUAAUCAGAAUACAUAGACUAAAAUAAUAAUUAUGCCACUAAUAUUAUGGAUGGCAGUUUACUAAGCUUAAUUCAAUCAAAUAUUAAUUCAUAAUAGCUAGGUAAUAGUAACUAUGAUAAUUUAAGAAUAGAAAAUGUAGCUUUCAAAUAAAACAGUCAAUCAAACAUUGACAGCUUUAUUGGUAUCCCGCUUAAAUCUAUGCUACCAUAAUCUCAAGUAAAUUUUUAUAACUUAACAGUCGUCAAUGAUUUUUAAUAAGAAGCGAAUAUUACUUUAAAGAAUACUUAGUUUUUAAAACUUGAUUUUAAUAAUACUGAUGGAUCUAUCUUUGGAAUAUAAAGUGGCACUUUUCUCAACUUAAAUGCAAAUCAAUGUGUGUUUAGUGAAAUUAAAAACUCAACAAACGCGGGCAUAUUAUUUGCAAAUCUCCAAUUGGGCUUCAAGCAUUUACUUAACAAUUAAGAAUACUCUAAUUUAGAUAAUCAGAGCAAAUGGAAGAGCUCCAUUAUCUAUAAUUUCUUCAGAUUCUAUUAACAUUUAAGUCAACAACAAUACCCUAAUCGAUAAGAGCAAGAGAAGUAUUUAUUUUAUUUUGCAAACAAUUCAGCAAUAUCAACUUAAUUUGACUAUGAUUAUUUUGAUACUACAAACUAAAAGUAUUAUGAUUCCUUGAUGCAUUUUGGACAAGGGAGACUGAUCACUAUUGGUGGGUAAUACUAUUCUAAUAUCAAUAUAUAGAACAGUUUUUUAAAGUUAAACUCUGGUAAAAAUGAAGAUAGUGAGAUGAAAGCACUUAUCUAUUGUACUAAUCCCUAAGCACGCUUCUUAAUUUAUUAAAUUAACCUUGAUUUCAUAACUUAAUCAGAUAUCUCAUUUAUAUAAGCUAUUGCAGUGGCAAGUAUUUAAAUUCAUUAAGUGAUUAUAACUUAGAUAUAAACUGCUUCACUUGGUCAAUUUUUAAGUGUUAUAUCAUUAAAUAAGUGUUAAGUAUCAAUGUUCUUAGUUGCGUUAACUUGCAGUGGUUUACCUUUUAAUAUUGAUAAUACUGCUAUGAUUUUAUAGUAGGAGGAAAUUUCAACUUCAAAGAGUGUAUUUUAUGCAGAAGGUGCUACAAUAAAUUCUUAAUAUAAUUAAAUGAGCAAUUGUCUAAUUGCAGAUAAAGGUGCGAUAUAUCAAACAAAGAAAUCUGUUUUCAGAGAUCAGUAUUCAAAUUACAAAGACAUAGCAGCUUAAAGAGGUGCAGUAGGAUAUUUUGAUAAUACAUAAGUUUAUUUUAAUUCAAUAAAUGUUGCUUAGACCAUUGCUAAGAUAGGUGGCUUACUAGAAAUUUUCGGAAAUAGUUUUUUAGAAAUCAGUAAUUCCAAUAUGGAUAAUCUUUGGGCUACUAAAAAAGGAGCAGGUAUAUAUACUGAAGAUAAUAUUAAGCUAAACUCGCUAAGAUUUGCAAACUUAGUAGACGGAGGUCUGAUUUAUGCGAAAGUAGGUGAAACAUAAAAUUGUUAUUUUGCUCCGAAGGGAGGAAUUUUUUACGCACAAAAUUCAACUUUAAUUGAUGAUUUCUCAACAUAUUAAGGUGUUGGAGCUCAAUAAGGAGGAUUAAUCUAUACAAAUAAUGCAAAUGCUACUCUAAGCAAUUUCUUUGUUGAAAACUGUCUUGCUAUAUCUGGUGGAAUGAUAUAUCAAGAUAAAUUUUCACAAAUUGAACUAAAUUAUGGAUAUAUAUUUCAUGCAAGUGCGACUAAAGGAGCUGUAGUAUAUUCUUAAAAUGAUGAAGUUUGGGAUAGCUUAAGUUAAUAAGGUUAAAUAAAAUUUCCUAAAUUCUUUGGUCAAGGAACAGAAAUAAGAUAUACUUUAAGUGUUGAGGAUGGAGGCACUUUUUAUAUUGAUUCUAUUGACAUGUAAUUUGAACUUCAAGAUCUUCCAUGCUCCACAACAGAAUCAAUAAAUGGAUUUGGAGGAUUUCUAUUUAUUAAUGAAGCUAAUUCUAUCAUAAUUAGCAACUUGUAGUUAUUCGAUUCAUAUUCAGCUAGUGGAUAGCAAAUCUAUUCAGUGAAGGACGGAUUAAACUUUGUUUUGUCUGGAUCUGUUCUCUAUUAGUAUCAAAGAUAGGCUUAAAUGUUAUACCCAGAACUUUAAUAUUAAGAAAAUACAGGAGGUAUUACUCUCAUAAAUGCCUAAUCAGCAUCAUUUGUCUCCAACAAUUUUAUUGGCAAUUUUUUCUCAUAAAAUGGUGGGGCAUUAUAUAUUUUAGGAGGGUCUAUUUCACUUUAUAGAUGCAUUUUUUCUAAUAUGUACGCACAGUAUGGGGGUGCAAUGUAUCUGGAAAAUCUUAAAGGUGUUGUUCUUUUAAAUGUAUAUAUAUCUGGAAGUUUAGCUAGUAAUGAUGGGGGUGGAAUAUAUAUUAAGAAUCCAAAAAAAGAUGUCUAAAUCUUGGAUUCAUAUUUCAGUAGGAUGGUUGCUGAUAAUGAAGGAGGAUGUGUAUAUUACAUAGUAGAAGAGGCUUCUAAGCAAGGAGAUUGGAGUCCAUUCGAUGACUAAGUAGUAGCUCCUUCAACUUAAUUUUAAACACUUGAGUUCACAAAUGUGAUGUUUACUACUGUUUAGGCUUUUAACGCUAGUUCAGUCUCAGUUUUUGGUUUAUAAACAAAUGUAAAUUUUGCUUCCUGCUAAUUGGUCUAAUCAUAUGGCGAAGCUUAUAACUCUAUUUUCAUAAACUUCUCAUAAAUUUAUUGCAGAACAGAUCGUGAUCAAUACACUAAUCCACCCUCUUCACCUUGGAGAAAUUUAGAAGAGGAAGAAGUUUACUAAUUACAAACCACAAAUACUUAGAAUGGUAUCGGAUAGAACUUUUAUUCAGAUAAAGAUAUUAUGACACCAUUAUUUUUUUAUUCUGGAAAGUAGUUCUCGAUUUAGAAUCUUGUUAUGUAAAAUUGUAUAAUGAACAGAUUAUAAACUCGAAGGUCUCAAUCUUUAAUCGUUAAUAUUGCUAAGCAAUCAACAUUUUCAGAUGUUAAUUCUUACUAUUAAGAUGUUGAAGGACUCUAUGGAGGAAUCUAUAGUUUCAUUGAAGCUAAUGUAUAUCUAUUCAAUAAUACUGUAAUUCGACUUGCAACUAAUAAUUAUGGAGCAGUUCAUUCUCAUCACAUUCAAAAAUUAUUCAUGAUGAAUUGUACCUUUUCUGAUCAAUAUGAUCAUGUGAAUUUGAGAACCGCGACUAUCAGGAAUUCAACGUUUGAAAAUAUAGAAAUGGUGGUUGGAAGUGGAGGUUUUAUUUAUUAAUAAGAUGAUGGAUUGAAUAGAAUCGAUAUUGAAUCUGUCACUGUAAGGAAUAUGUACGCUUAACAAAAUGGAGUAAUCUAUUUGGCAGGACUUCCUACUGGCCUAUAUAUUUCAUCACAUAGAGAUUAUCAGAAGACUGAAUUUUCAAAUUUCUUUUCUUUACAAUCAACUUAGCUAUUGUAUGUUAAUGAAGAAUACAAUAGAUUAGACAACAAAGUGAAUAUAAAAAAUAUAACAGUUGACUGUCUAAACGAAAAUACUUCUAAAUCAGAAAGUUACAGACCAUCUUAAGAAGGAAUAAUUCGCUAUUCAGGUAGUGCUGGCUUAUACACAGAGAACUGUAUUUUUAGAAACUGUAGAAAAGCUUAUCAUGGACCUAUAGUUAGAGUUGAUAGGUCUGUAUACAAAGAUAAAGGAUCUUAGUUUUAUAAUGUGAUUGGCACAUAUGGCUCAGUAGUAUCCUGCAUACACUGCUAAUUAAUAAUGGAAGACUCAAUUAUUCAUGAUGUUGAAUCUAUAGAAUCAGGAGGGGCAUUUUAUAUUUCAGGUUUAAGUGUUGUAACUCUUAAAAAUAUAACUGCCUAUAAUAUCAAAGCAAAAAUUUAUGGAGGCUUUCUGUAUAAUGAACAAGAUAGCUAUGAUGAUUAUUCUAUAAUAACUAUUUAAGAUUCAAAAAACAUAUCGAAUAUAAAAUCUUAACAAGGUGGCUUCAUACAAAUUAAUAAUCCUUAGUCUAAUAUUACUCUAAAAAACGUUGAGCUAACCAAAAUUUCUUCAUAAGAGUUAGGAGGAAUCUUCUAUGUUAUUGACUCAGAUAUGAUUUCAAUAGAAAAUUCUAAAUUGACAAAUUUUAAGUCCCCAACAGGAGGAUUCAUUUCAUCUUCUUCAUUUUUAGCGAGAUUGAUGAUUACAUCAUCAACAAUAAUAUGUGAUACAGAAUAUAAUUAGGAUUCAGAAAUAAACUAGCUUUCUGGCUGGAACUAUUAAAGUAUAAAUAAAGGUAAAUAUGGUGGUGUUAUUUUUUCGUAGGAUACGAAAUUAUCUUUGACGCAAUCAUAAUUCAUUGGAAACUUAGCAUAAACUGGAGGUGCAAUAUAUGCUGUAUCAAAUUCUAAUAUCAGCAUAUCAUACAGUAGAUUCGAGUAAAAUUGGGCUCUAAAAUCUGCUGGUGCAAUAUAUGUCUCAACUCAAUCGAUCAUAAAGAUUAUAGGUAGCUCAUUUUAAGAAAACAAGGCUGAAGAGAAUUCAGCUCUUGAAAUUCUAAACACAUUUAUUCAAGAGAAUGUCACAAUUAUUGAUUGUGAUUUCUAGGAUAAUUAUGCCUAAAAAAAUACUAUAUCAAUGAUUUAUGCAAAUGGAAUAUUUAAAGAUCUUAUAUUCAAGGACAACCAUGCUAAAUAAAGGUCCAAAAAUUUACUUCUGGGAUUCGUCAAUAUUACUAUAUAUAAUACUCUUUUUCAGAGUAAAUAACUAAAUAGUGUAGCAUUGCAAAAUGAUGAAACUAUUGGCUCAUUCAUAUUCUUGAUUUUUGAUGUGAUAAUGGAUAUUGAUAAUUGUAAGUUUUAAAACGGAGCUUCAAAUUUUGGUGGUUCCGUCUACAUUUCAGGAGAUAGUAUUAUUCGAAUCACAAAUUCUUAAUUUACAAAUAAUCAAGCUUAUUCUAAAGGUGGAGCUAUCUACUCCUCUGGUUUUAAGAGUAUCUUCAUAGGAGAAGGGACUUUAUUCAACAAUAACUCUGCUCUUGAUAGUGAGUCACAUUAUCAAACUUGA